GCCCUAACUCCAUGAAGACCCCAGUACUGUUUCUGUCCCUGUGCGUAAGAAGCUCUGGGUCCCACAGUGUUGCCUGGCCCCUGGCCUUUCAGUAUGGGGAGGAUCAGCAUCUCUUGUCUUUUCCCUGCUUCUUGGCAUUUUAGCAUCUCUCCACUGGGCUGUCCUCGAAUUCUGAACACCAACUUACGCCAGAUCAUUGUCAUUAGUGUUCUGGCUGCAGCUGUCUCACUUUUAUACUUUUCUGUUGUCAUAAUCCGAAAUAAGUAUGGGCGUUUCUCCAGAGACAAGAAAUUUCAAAGGUACUUGGCCCGAGUCACAGAUGUGGAGGCCACAGACACCAACAACCCCAAUGUGAACUAUGGAAUCGUGGUCGACUGCGGCAGCAGCGGGUCACGGGUGUUUGUCUAUUGCUGGCCAAGGCAUAAUGGCAAUCCUCGUGAUCUUCUGGAUAUCAGACAGAUGCGGGAUAAAAACCGGAAACCAGUGGUGAUGAAAAUCAAGCCAGGCAUCUCAGAGUUUGCUACGUCCCCAGAGAAAGUCAGUGAUUACAUUUCUCCACUUUUGAACUUUGCUGCUGAGCAUGUGCCACGGGCUAAACACAAAGAGACACCCCUCUACAUUCUCUGCACAGCUGGCAUGAGAGUCCUCCCUGAAAGCCAGCAGAAGGCCAUCCUGGAAGACCUCCUGACGGACAUCCCCGUGCACUUCGACUUCCUGUUCUCUGACUCCCAUGCUGAAGUCAUUUCAGGGAAGCAAGAAGGUGUGUAUGCUUGGAUUGGCAUUAACUUUGUCCUGGGACGAUUCGAGCAUAUUGAGGAGGAUGAUGAGGCCGUUGUGGAAGUUAAUGUUCCUGGGAGUGAGAGCAGCGAGGCCAUCAUCCGGAAAAGGACAGCGGGUAUUCUCGACAUGGGAGGCGUGUCCACUCAGAUAGCAUACGAAGUCCCCAAAACUGUAAGCUUUGCCUCCUCACAGCAGGAGGAAGUAGCUAAAAACUUACUAGCUGAAUUUAAUUUGGGCUGUGAUGUUCACCAAACGGAGCAUGUUUACCGAGUCUAUGUGGCCACAUUUCUUGGGUUUGGUGGCAACGCUGCUCGACAGAGAUAUGAAGACAGAAUAUUUGCCAACACAGUUCAGAAAAACAGGCUCCUGAGUAAACAGACUGGUCUGACCCGUGAUGCUCCCUACCUGGACCCAUGCCUGCCCCUGGACAUUAAAGAUGAAAUCCGACAAAAUGGACAGACCUUGUACCUGCGGGGAACAGGAGACUUUGAUCUGUGUCGAGAAACCCUCCAGCCUUUCAUGAACAAAACCAAUGAGACACAGACAUCCCUCAAUGGCGUCUACCAGCCUCCAAUUCACUUCCAGAACAGUGAAUUCUAUGGCUUCUCUGAGUUCUACUAUUGCACCGAGGAUGUGUUGCGGAUGGGGGGAGACUACAAUGCUGCCAAAUUCACUAAAGCUGCAAAGGAUUAUUGUGCAACGAAGUGGUCGAUCCUGCAGGAACGCUUUGACCGAGGGCUCUAUGCCUCCCACGCUGACCUCCACCGGCUGAAGUAUCAGUGCUUCAAAUCCGCCUGGAUGUUUGAGGUGUUCCAUAGAGGGUUUUCCUUUCCCAUCAACUACAGAAGCCUAAAGACCGCCUUGCAGGUGUAUGACAAGGAAGUGCAGUGGACCCUGGGGGCCAUCCUUUACAGGACUCGCUUCCUGCCCCUGAGGGACAUCCAGCAGGAGAGUUUCCGGGCUAGUCAUGCGCACUGGCGGGGCGUCUCCUUUGUCUACAACCACUACCUGUUCUCGGGCUGCUUCCUCGUGGUCCUGCUGUCCAUCCUCCUCUACCUGCUGCGGCUCCAGCGUUUCCACCGGCGAGCACCACGCAGUGGCUCAGCUGCGGCCCUCUGGCUGGAGGAGGGCCUGUCCUCCCAGAAGGGCCCCGGCCCCUUGUGAGCUGUGAGCUGCUCCAGCAAGACUGCCUCUGCGAAAAGCCACUUUUGCCUCAGGGUUUCACCUCCACAUACUCUGAUAUUUUGUUUUUCCCUGUCUUUUUGUGAAAACAACACCCAUUGUUUGUAAGUCCUGAUGUCUGGCAGUGCAGCGUUCAGCUGUUAGGACUACAGCUUUAAACUGAGGAGUAGGAAAAGGGAAAUUCACUGGACUCUUGCUGCAUAGGAUAUUCUCCAAAAAUUAGUAAAAAUUUUUGUUUUAUUCUAUGGUAUGUUAAAUUAUCAACAAAUGCACUUUGUGUGGGACAAGUGGAAAAGAUACUUUCCCUUCUAUUGGUGAGUUCCUUGUACAGAAUCAAAAUGCAAAUGCUGUCUCAAAAGCUCAA